AUGAGUUUUGUAGAGAAGAAUCCACCAGCAGCUGAGAUGGAGACGGGAUACGACAUGUGGUUCGGCACGAAAGAAGGGCGGCAGAUCCUGAAGCACUUGGCGUGCGUCUGCCUAGCCUCGCUUAGCUUCACGGCAUCUCUGCCCUUCAUUUGCUGGGCCCGCGGCCCAAGCCUUCCAGGUGUGUUUGAGACAACCAAAGAGAAUAUGUCCAAUGCCUUCCCCAUUGAGAUUAGCAUGGACAGAUGGGCAGACUACAUGGACAUUGCCGUUCCAAUCUUCAGCAUGGUUGUUCUCUAUUUUUCACUUUCUCUGGUCCUCAAAAGUAAUGACUUUGGCCCAGUUUGCUGCAACCCCGAGGUCCACCCUCCCCGCUUCUAUUUGACUUGGCCUGUGAUCUGUGUCACACACAUAGGUGGACUCUUUCUUUGGGAUCGAGGAGAGAUCCUGCAAGCCUUCUGCCUGAGGAUGUUUCCUCCGAUGCUUGGCUUUUAUAUGCUGUCUGUUUCUUACACCAACUUGCAACGCUACAGACCUUGGCUCCAUAUCACCUCCUCAAGACUCGCCUGGUUCACUUACUACACAACACAAAACAGCUUGGCCGUGUCAGCUUGGUGGAGUCUGAUUGAAGCUCUGAUUAAUCUGGGUGUCGUGCUGAAGUACACCAUUGGCCUGCAAGAUCCACUCGUCAGCUGUGUGGUACUCACUCUACUCUUCCUGGCCAUGCUUCUAUGGUUUAUCCUUGAGACCUUUGUGUUCAUGAAUUAUAUCCACAAAACGUUCACGGUGUACCCCGUUAUAAUCGUGGGACUGGGAGCGAUGUUUACCAGAGGAUACCUAUUUCAUGAUAUGGCCCCCAGCACCAUUUACUGUGGAUUCCUGAUGCUGGUGGCAACAGCGAUGAACUGCGUCAUGUUGUGCAGGCAAUGCUGUGACUCCAGACUUCAGUCCUCGGAUUCUACUCUCAAACUGGCGUCGUCCAUGCCAGAGCACUGCCCAUCAGUGAGCCAGACAGUAGACAGACUGGGUAUGCAGGGAGGUCAUAAGGAAUAUGGCGUAAGAGUUCAGUGAUUACUUCUGACUCCACAAAGGGGAGAUGUGUAAUGGUGACUCUGUGGUAAUUAUCUUGGGUGAUAUGGGGUCAGUGCCAGGCUGUAACCCUCUGUAGCGGUUUCCCGUCGGAUAUACUGUAGGUGGGAUACUUUUGUCUGCUUUUCCUUUUUUUGAGAAGCUCAAAAUGAAGGUGAAGAAGAUGCCACUGAAAUACAUCUGGGCAAUUACAUUGAGGCAUAUUAAUGCCAAAUGCCAAAUCAAUUAACCCCUAUUAGAAACCUGGUGACCUUCACAAUGACCCUGACAAUGAGGUGAAUAGAUUCUUACAGCGACAGGGUUUUCCGCUCAUUUGUCUUCCAUUGGGCUUCUCCAUCACUUGGUAACAGCUCAACUCGACUCUACUCCUUUUUUAGGUUUUCCAUUAGCGAAAACUGGCACUAUUUUUGGGAUCACCUCUGUUGAGGUUCCAAGCGAGCUGAGAUGAUACCAAAAGGUGAUGUUGUUGUGAUGUGAUGGUGAAGUUGUUUUGCUAUGGCAAUCGGCUAGCUUAUGGGGGUACUUUUUUGCAGUGGAAAACGAACACCUGGUACCAAAAUCGUGUAGAGUCGGAUCGAAUUGAGCUGAUACAAUGAGAAAGCCCCAAAAGUGACUAGACAGAUGGUCAGAGAACUGUCUACACAUGUCAGAGAAGAACAGACAUCAGUGUUAGAAUCAGUUGUUCCUCAUCUCAAAUAUUAUUUCAGUUUGCAUGGUACAGACAAACCCUGGUGUUCAUGAUGACUCCUUUUACAUAUUAUCUUGAUUGACAGGUGUCUCAGAUAGUAAUGAAUGUAAUGUCGUUUUUUUUUACUAUUGUUUUUUCCUGCUUUGUAAAUGUUGUAUUCUCUCUGAAUUUGUUGUAAAUGCAUGGCUUAAAUAAAGUACAGUAUGUUUGAUGUGUA